AUUCGUCUUCAUUAACAGACAAGAUGUACCGUUUCAUCGCUCUGUUCUCCGCUCUUCUCGCCCUUGCGGCAGCCAACACGACUCAAGUCAGCCAGUGUCAGCACAACGCGGGAGCUCUGCCCCGCAACACCCACAUCCAGGGAUGCACCAGACCACCAUGCGCACUGCCGCAGCUGCGGGAUGCUAUCAUCAACAUGGAGUUCGUGGCCCCUCGCCGUAUGACCAGCAUGAGGACUCUCGCCACGGCAUACAUGAGGGUUGGAUCCGCAACUGUACCCGUCCCAUAUGACUUGGGAGCAAACUCUGUGACCUGCAACCAUCUGACCAACGCUUCCUGCCCCGUAUCAUCUGGCCAGACCCUGCGUUACACCCUCAGGAUGUUCAUUGAAGCUUUCUUCCCAGUGGGCACUGAGGUCACAGUGGAGUUCCGCAUUGUGGACCAGAGCAACUCUCCCGUCGUGUGCGUCCGUGUACCAAUCAGGAUCGUCUCUCCUUAAGCUGAUUAUGCUCGCUAGAGUACAAACUUCGCAUUAUUAUCAUAAUUUACUAAUUCUGUACGACCAUUUAAAUAGAAAACCUUAUCGUAUCAAGAUCUGUUUCCAUAAUUCUUUGUUCAUGUUUUUCAAAUAAAGUACUCACUUGCUUUUGUUAA